UUUCCCGCAGGUUCUUUUAUUUAUUUGAGAGUGUUAUCCUACAUCAGUCUGUGGUUUUAUACCCUUCAACAUUCAGUAAUGUCCAACGAUAUGCAAAAUGAAAGUUAGAAAAUGGAUGAUGUGUCUGUUGAUUUUGACUUGUUCUAUGCAAAUACGGAUAAUAGCUGGAGAAGAUGACAAUAUCGAAUGCCCCUUGGGAUGUAUGUGUUUUCCUGUGGAAGAAAACGAGAUGUACGAUCCUCCUACUUACAGCAGAGUUAGCGUACUCAGUAACGAAACCGUGAUAGCCGUAUCAUGUUUGAGGCAGCAGCUGACAAAAGUUCCCACGGGAUUCGCACCAAACACAGCGGCGUUAUUCCUCUCCUACAAUGACCUAAGUCAACUUAAUCGAAGCAUGUUUGCUGGGCUAAACAAAUUGAAGAUCUUGGAUAUCAGUCAUAAUAAAUUAGUCAGCAUUGCGAACGACACAUUCGAUGACAUGCGUGAGUUGGAGCAACUUGAUCUUAGUUACAACAAAAUACGAUGGCUACCGAAUGGAUUCUUAUGCCCUUGGUAUCGACAAGGAUUCGGCACUCAUUUGAGCAAUCCCAUCAGUUGCAAAGGGUGGAUCACAGCUAAAACCCAGCUACAACUUGUAUUGGGAGAAAAUCCAUGGCAUUGCAAUUGCGCGCUACAGCAAUUCGUUGAACAAUUCUCUUGUGCAUACGAGCAAGCUCCUUGCAUAGAUUUUUCAAUUGGCAAGGAUGACCCCAUCGGACAUUGCGGAUCACCACCAAACAUGCGAGGAAUUUCUUUAACGAGGCUAUCAUCAUUUGAGAGUCAGAAAGGUCAUAUCAAUGUAUGCAAAUAUCGCCAAGUUUAUAUAGACGUACCACUUCUGGUGACAAUGUUUACAUGGAUAGGCGCGGUUCUAGGAUAUGUUGCUUAUUUCAUUUCCUGGAACAAUCGAGACAUCGCAAAUCACCGAUCAUACUUGUCCACUUUAAAUUUCAGACAACAGGAAUCUCAUCACAGAGGCCAAGGCGAACAGUCUGCGAUGCGAACGACUAAUUCAUCUCCAACUGUGCCAGGCGAUUCUUCAAAUGCAAGGCGUAUAUUUCAGAGGCGGAACGAAAAUAAAGAGAUUCAAAAAGAUCUGCCGACUGUUGAAAUAACUGAAGUAAAUAGUCCGGACAUAUGGAUUGAACGGCCCAAUUGGGAUUUCGAAACCCACAGUGACGAAUGUUUACUUCAACCAAGAGCUCGCAUAAUAGAGGUUGAACCUGCCCGAAGCUCCAGUGAAGACAAAACGUCUAGAGGUUCAAUGGAAAAUAUUCAAGGGAAUCAUAAACAAAUAGAUAUUUAUCAUCUGAGCAGCUUGUAGCAAGCACCUGGUCCUAGAAGAUCUGCAAUUUAUUUAUAAUUCGUCUAUUCCGAUUGACCUUGGGAGUCAUCUUGUGUCGAAUAUAUAUAUGUCGCAAUUUAUUCUAUAUAUAUCGGAGAUGAGUUGGAAGGACUUUGUUAAUAAAAUCUUUCAAACGAGGGGUCGGUAUGACUUCUUUGAGCCUUGCAUUAUUUUUCUAUUGUACAUAAUACACUAAUUUUGUACAUAAUAAAAA